AUGCCUUUCAAGAAAUUCAGGCCGAAGUUCUCCAUUUACCAAGUUUGCGUAACUAUACUGGAAGUAAAGCACUUGCCGCAAAAUGCGAAUCCGAUGGUCGUCGUCAAAGUUGGAAAUCGCAAGAGAAGGACAGUGAUACGCGAGAGGACCGAUAAUCCUAUUUAUAACGAGUACUUCGUUUUCGACUUCACGUGCAGUUUGGAGAAUCUGCUAAACACGGGCAUCACGAUAGCGGUGUACCUGCGGAACUUUCUUCGGCGAUUAAAGUUUCACGGAAGCAUUUCUUUCGAAGUUGCCACAGUAUGGGAGCAACCAGAUCGUCAGUACUACCACAAGUGGGCUGUGUUGACAGACCCGAAGGAUCUGACGGCGGGCCCGAAGGGUUACGUAAAAUGCAACAUCACGGUGAACGUCAAGGAUGAGAAAGUGAGGGUGCAUCCAGAAACGUUGGAUGAAGACGACAUCGAAGGGAAUCUACUGCUUCCUAUCGGUGGUGAGAGGCUGCCUUUCAGGCAACGCGCUCGAUAUAUCUUCAUCGUUUAUCGGGCCGACGGUUUGCCCGAUAUGAGCAGCUUGUGCAGGAAGACCGACUUCGAGAACGUUAAUCCCUAUGUACAAAUAUCGUUCGCUGGAAUGAAGGGAUCGACGAGUGAGGCAUGGCAAACCUACUCCCCGAAAUUCUACGAGGCCAUCAUUUUCAAGAAAAUGUUUCCCGUUCUCCGCCACCGCGUGAGAAUCACCAUAAAACACCGUAUCGACAGUUGCCGGACUUGCAUCGUAGCAGUCCAUAUCCUGGACACAACGAAGAUCUCGAAUUCCGGAGAGUACGGAUUCCUGCCGACUUACGGGCCGUCUUUCAUCCACUUUUACGGAUCCGGCUCGGUGGAGAAGAACGGCUGCUCGGGCAAAUGCUUGACGGCAAUGCCUUUGUAUCGCGGAAGGGUGCUUCUGUCGCUGAAAACUGAAAUGGAUGACCCAGAAGCAUCCCCCGGAAUCGGAGUUGAGACUGUUCCAGUAUUUCCCAUUAUCGAAAAAAGCCUGUGGUCGACCGAGGAAUAUCUUCUGGUCGGAGUUUUGUACGAUGUGUGCUUGAUCGACCGCUCUCGAUUCGGAUCGAAAUUAAUCAGCUUCGAACUGAGCUUAGGAAACGCGGGAAAUCAACAAUUUCCGUAUAGUCAAUGCGUCGAAAACACUAAUGACAGCCAGUCAGAAAACGAGUUGCUGGAAAAGCGAUUAAACUUCGAGAGUCAAUCAGCCCCGCGAACGACCGGCACUAUGGAUGGCAAGUAUAAUUAUGUACCUUUGGGAUCCAGAAAGCCCUGUCUGUACGUGAGAUCUUGGUGGCCAAAUUUGGAAUGGCGGAUGUACAACAGCAAUAAUUUGCGCUAUAUAUCCAACUUUUUGGAGAUAAGAUUAGAGAAACUAGAGGCUCUCAUGGUUAUGGAGAAUCCUAUAGCUUUCGAGGCUUACAAUGAAACGAUUCGCACAUUAAAAGCUCACUGCACGCGUUACUUACACGCGUUGGACAUCGGCAGGUACGAAAACGAAGGAGGAACCACCCAACUCGACCGCCAUCGGGUGAGCUUGUGUCGCAAAAAUGUCGAAGACAUACUCAAGAGGAUUAAGAUCAACGGCGAACUCCCUAAUAACAAUUAUAUGAGGAUCGCGAUGAUCCACGCAUAUCAGUAUUUAAGAAAAUUGAGGAAUCUGUGCGAUGACCCCCAACAUGGUCUCCCGGACGUCUUCGUCUGGAUGAUUGCCGGGUCGAAACGGGUCGCUUACUCACGACUGCCAGCCGAGCAGAUCAUCUACUCCGAGGAAGCGACGGAAAUGGGCGGGAAAUGCGGUCGGCGAGUAAAUCUAUUCCCCAGGAAUCCGGACGACGAAAGAGAGCCUGUCGAAUACAGUGCCUGCAAAAUCGAGGCAUUUCUGUGGCUCGGCAACGCGAGGUACGCCGCAGCGUGUUGGAGCGCGAUUCCGCCUGGAUACGAGAUCGAUCACGGCAGAUACGUCGACACCUUCCCGAAGUACAUCGAGUACAAUCAGUCCUCGACGUUCCAGUUACGAGCCCACAUAUUCCAAGGUCGCUUCGAUCCCGGAAUGGACGCUUCCGGCUUGCUGGAUUCGUUUAUACGAGUCGCAUUUCAGGGACACAUGGCUUCCACGCAGACAAUAAGACAAAGUUUAGACCCGUUUUGGGACCAGACGUUAAUUUUUCCUCCGAUUAUUUUGCACGGUACUAAGGAGUAUAUUAAAAUUCUACCACCCGAAGUCGUCUUGCAGGCUUUCCAGCAGGAUUUAUGCGGCACGAGGGAAUUCUGUGGCAGGUGUAUCGCGGUGCCAUUAGUAAAACUCGUCACGGAAACUUACUCGCCGCCCGAUUUUCCACCGAAAUUAGAGUGGUACAAAUUCGAGUCGCAAAAAGAUUGCACCGGCUCAGUCCUCGCAGCUUUCGAGCUGAUAGAAGUGAUACCUUUGCCGAUCGAUUAUAGCCCUUCGAAGGAAGAGAACAAAGGUCUCAUUGCAUAUAAGAGAAUGGCUGCAACGGACGUCCACUCCAAGUUGAAGAGACUGCUCGUAAUCAUCAAGAGGAUAUUGAAAUUUAAGUUUCUUACUAAGAGAAAGAAGGUGGAAAUUUAUAAAGAAAGCGAUGACGAGACUCUCGAUUGGUGGAAUAAAUAUUUCGCCUCCCUCCAGGAAGAGAGAAACAGAGAAUUGGGAAUCACGAUAGCAUUUCGUCGUAAACCCGUGGCAACGUUCAAGAUCUAUUCCACGGAGCUGGAGACGCAGCCGCAAUUCGAGGGGUUUCAAGACCGACUCCGUACUUUCGAAUUGUGGCGUGGAAGAAAAGGUGAAAUUACCGAGCACGCUGGAGAUAAUUACGCUGGCAAAUUCAAGGGGUAUAUUUCUAUAUACCGAUGGCCGCAUCCUGAUAAUUUUCCAUGCAAAACGAGAAGCGGGAGAGACGCGGCUAAUGGCCUGUGCAACGAUUAUCCGCCUCAAGAGCCUGUUAAGCUUCUCGUUAGACUCUACGUCGUAAAGGGCAUUAACUUACAGCCUAAGGAUCCCCUCAGCGGCAAGUCUGACCCGUAUCUUUGCGUGAAGCUGGGAAAAAAUUCUAUCAGCGACAGGAAGAAUUAUAUACCUAAUCAAUUGAACCCUACGUUUGGUCGUGUGUUCGAAAUCGAGGCGAGCUUCCCGCAAGAUUACAUGUUAGAGAUUCAAGUGUGGGACUUCGACGCUACGACAGCCGAUGAUCUAAUCGGCGUGACGCGGAUUGACAUCGAAAACCGAUUUUACAGUCGGCAUCGGGCGCUUUGUGGAAUCGCGAGCGCCUACAGCACCGUCGGUUAUAAUGCUUGGAGAGAUCGCGAAAAACCGACGCAGAUCCUGGAGUUCCUCUGCAGGAAGAACAAUCUACCGCCACCGGAAUACGGGGAACGAGAAAUUAAGAUUGGGAAGCAGUCGUUUCCCUUUCAUGCUGUGAUCGAGCGCGAAGACGAGGUCGACAAAGAAGAAUGCAUGGCUCUCAGCGUACUUCACCACUGGCAAGAUUUUCCUAUCUGCGGAUGUGCUUUGGUACCGGAGCACGUCGAGAGACGGCCACUUUUCAACGUUAAGAGGCCCGGUCUCGAGCAGGGCAAGCUUGAAAUAUGGAUCGAUAUGUUUCGAAUUGGACAAUUGCCACCGAAACCGGCGGUCAACAUUACGCCCCCAACAUCGGAGGAAUAUGAAAUUCGUAUAAUUGUUUGGAAUACCGAAGAUGUGCCGUUGACCGAGAGCCAAUUCCUCACCGGGGAAAAGUGCUCCGACAUUUAUGUCAAAGGAUGGAUUCAAUACGAGGAUUACCAGAAGACCGACAUCCACUAUAAUUCCCUGACCGGCGAGGGCAACUUCAACUGGAGAUUCGUAUUUCGCGUCGUGUACUCGAAAGGCGAGAACGUCAUGAUAGUCCGCAGAAGAAUGUCAGUGUUCGCGAAAAAUGAGAUCGAGGAGAAGCUGCCUUGCAAGCUUCGUUUACAAGUCUGGGACAAUGAUCAUUUCUCCUCGGAUGAUUUUAUAGGAGAGUUGACAUUAGAUUUGUCGAAAAUGCCGCGAGGCAGUGCAAACUCCAAAAACUGUACGCUGAAAUUACUCGAACCGCAGUUACCCACAAUAAAUUUAUUCAAAGUUUCUCGAACUAGAGCUUGGUGGCCUUUUGCACGUACUAUUGAUGCCGGCAGAUGUAUUCAAGCGGGUAAAAUUGAACUGGAAAUGUCCGUUUUGAAAGUGGUAGACGCGGAUAAUCAACCGGCAGGAAGAGGAAGGGAUCCACCUCAAAAUCUUCCGUCUCCGAGGCGACCCGAUACCUCUUUCUCCUGGUUCCACAAUCCAUGGAGAGCAUUCUGUUUCGUCGUUUGUCGUUAUUAUAAAUGGCGAAUCCUGUGCUGCUUUACGUGUACGCUAUUUGUGCUUUUAGUAGCAUGUGGAAUUUACGCUUUCCCCGGAUAUUUCGUUAAACGUCUCUUAGGAGCUUAG